AUGGCUGGGAAGGAACAAGAUAACCGUAUAUUCGUAGGAGGUUUGGCGUGGGACGUCACCGACCGUCAGCUUGAAAACGUCUUUAGCCGCUUCGGCAAAAUUAUCGACUGCCAGAUCUGGCCUCUGGAGGCACAACGUAGUUUCAUGGAAGGCAGUGAGAAACGCCUGGUUAAGCACAUCUGCGGUUUGAUUGGUAGGCUUCAAAUUCCUGAUGAUGAUGUGUGUUACGUAGCGAUUAGGAGUUACAUAGAUGUUGAUUCAAAGUCAGCAAUCUCUGCAUUGAAUUCCCAAGGUUCAAAAAUUCCAGAUACUUCGAGUGCUAAAGGUUUUAAGUGCUUAAAACUCAUCCUCUUUUGGAUGGUUAUGAAAACCAUUUUUUCGCCACCAAUUUUCUGCAAAUGCUUGUCUGCCAUUUCCAUACUGAAAUGUCCCCGUGGAUUUGUCCUUUUUAAAAGUAGAACAGCUAAGGUAGAUAUACUGGUGCAAGUUUCAGUUGUACUUGGCCAGUGGGGUGGGGUGCUCUUUCCUGUCGCAUCUUCCUAUCCUGGAAAAUCUUGCGCCGUAUGUAUAAUGAUCUUGAGCUGUCCAUGCUUCAGGGGUUCAUUACUAGAUUGUGAAGCUGGUUUCCAUCCAAUUCAGUUCAUCUGAAUUGCAUUUUGAUGGUGUGGAUUAAGUAAAGACCGAGUCGGCUGUGCUAUAUUCAUGUGCUUCUUUAAUGUCUUAGAAACCAAUGUUGUCAAUGGUGAGACUUUCAAUACAAGUUAAAAGAGUAGAGCUCGAAAAAUUUGUUCUUUGCCUAUCCCUAGAAUGCCGUAUCUGCUCAAUUUGGAGACUGGAUAUCUAAACUGUAUCAGAUCAUAUUUUGCAUCAUGUUCUUAUCUUGUGAGUGUGUUCUUCUCAAGGGCAAGGGCACACAUCUUUGAGCACCAACAAUUAUCGAAAGAUGGCCUGUAUAUCAACAGUAGCCUCUUAUAUUAGUUAGCACAAAGUUGGUGACUUCUUUUCUUCCAUUAUUAUCUGCAGAAUGCAUGUAGUGGAUUUACGUAUGUUUUGUAAGGGUGCUUUUGAGUCGGGUUCAAUUUUUGGGUUUAUAUGAGGUCACAUACUUGAGUGACUACAUGGGCCAAGUGGUUGUUUCAGGACUGCAUUUCUGGCUGUAUUUUGUGGCUACCAAGCCAGUUGAUCCGGUAAGGUGCCGGAUUAGGUGACAAAAAUUUGGAGGAAGGAUGGGCAUUAUGUUGAAAUGAAGAAGAAAUGUAUCUGGUAAUUGAUAAUCUGGAACAAGAGAAGCGUAUUUUCACCAGCAGAGAUUGUCAUGGAAAUUUUGUUCUGCCAGAUAACCCCCAUAUUUUGGCUCCAUGGUCUGCCUCCUAAUGUUUACAUUGAUAUUUUCUGGCAUGUGGUUGCUUGAGAUUUAGUGGA